CUUGCCAGUCAUCCUUAGGAUUUGCUGUCAAAUUUUUCAAAAUCUUCUCUGCUGUCACAGUCGUAGUUUUUUUUAGAAAAGAGACACGUUUUUCAUUUUAUUUUAAAAGAAGUAAAUACCAAUUUCCUUGUCAAAAAGAUGGCAGUUCGUAGCAUAAAUGAUGAAGCCCACUUUCAAGCUGAACUUUACGCAGCAGGGGUUCGUUUGGUUGUUGUCGAUUUCACCGCAAGCUGGUGUGGACCAUGUCGAGGAAUUGCUCCGCUUUUCGAACAGCUUCCAAACAAGUAUCCGAAGGCAAUUUUUCUAAAAGUUGAUGUUGAUAAAUGUCCGGAAACUGCCUCGAUGCAAGGAGUAUCUGCGAUGCCAACGUUCAUAUUUUAUAGAAAUAGGUCUAAGAUAGAUAUGCUGCGAGGUGCGGAUAUUCAAGGGUUAGAAGCAAAGAUCCAGGCCAACAUUGGAUCGGGAGACGAAACCGGUGAAGACUACGGCCAAGGCUUGAUGGAACUAAAUACAUUCAUUGACAAAACGCAAUGUGAAUGCUUGAACGAAAGUGACGACCAUCCUCUCGCGCACAGCUUUACCCAGACUGGCGGAUAUCUCCAAUCAGACUGCGACGAACAGCUGAUCAUGUCUAUCACAUUCAACCAAGCAGUGAAAAUCCACUCGCUGAAAUUCAAAGCUCCUUUACAACUAGGGCCCAAGGACAUCAAAAUCUUCAUCAAUCAGCCACGCACCAUUGACUUCGACAUGGCGGAAACGUGCACUUCCGUUCAAGACUUAUCAUUGACACCAACCGAUUUGGAAGGAAAUCCUGUCAACUUGCGAUACGUAAAGUUUCAAAAUAUCCAAAACAUUCAACUUUAUGUGAAGAACAAUCAAGGCGGCGGGGAAACUACACAAAUUGAUUAUUUAGGAUUCAUCGGAUCACCGAUUGUUACGACGAAAAUGGAAGACUUCAAACGUGUGACCGGUAAAAAGGGAGAAAGCCAUUGAAGAGUAGGUUGAGCGCUAAACUGGGUUGGAUAUUUCUUGUUACUUCUAUUCCAUUACUUGUUUUAUACAAAAUCUGGCUUUGUUUCGAAAUUAACCACUCUCGAGAUCAGGCGAAACCGAACUUCACACAAUAAACGAAUGCAUACGCGGCAACACCAUCCUUGCGGGACUAAUACAUUUCUAAAACUGAACGAUUUCUAAGCAAUUAUAAAAUUAAGUAAUAAAAUUCUAUCGCUAAAUAAAA